GGGCGGCAGGUGCCGGCGGCGCGGAGCUGCCACAGCGGCCAUGGGGCGGCGGGGACCGGGACCGGGGCUGGUCCUGGGGCUGCUGCUGCUGUUGCUGUUGCUGCUGCUGGACGGUCACUGGGGGACGGUGGCAGCGGAUGAGUCAGUGCCGUGCGGGACCCCCGUGCGCAGGCGGGUGGUGGGGGGCACGGGGGCGCGGGCGGGGCAGUGGCCCUGGCAGGUCAGCGUCGCCUUCCGGGGGCGUCACGUCUGCGGGGGGUCCCUCAUCGCCCCCGCCUGGGUCCUCACCGCCGCGCACUGCUUCCCGCCGGAGAACCCCCUCUCUGAGUACCGGGUGACGCUGGGGGCCCUGCAGCUCCUGCCCCCCCCCGCUGACGCCCAGGUGAGGCGGGUGGCCGCCGUCACCCGUCACCCCGCCUACCGCGACGACGACGACGAUGUCACCGAGGGACAAAACGACGUCGCCGGGGACCUGGCGCUGGCCCGGCUGGACCCCCCCGCCACCCCCACCCGCCUGGUGCGCCCCAUCUGCCUGCCCGGCCCCUCCGUCCGCUUCCCCCCCGGCACCAACUGCACCGUCACCGGCUGGGGGGACAUCCGCACCGCCGGUCCCCUGCCGCCCCCCAAGACGCUGCAGCAGCUGGAGGUGCCCCUGCUCAGCCACCGCCGCUGCCGCUGCCUCUACGCGGGGACGGGGGACGCCGCCGGCAUGGGGACACCGGCCGGGGACACGCUCUGCGCCGGCUUCCCCCAGGGACAGCGCGACGCCUGCCAGGGUGACUCUGGGGGUCCCCUCUCCUGUCGCGUUGGGGACACCUGGCUGCUGGCGGGGGUGGUGAGCUGGGGGGAGGCCUGCGGGCUGCCCGGCCGUCCCGGCGUCUACACCCGCGCCGCCGCCCACGCCGCCUGGAUCGCCGCCGCCGUCCCCGAGGCCCCCCUGCGCCACCCGUCCCUCGCCCCCUUCCCCGAGGACGAGGGACCCUGCGAGGACGGGGACGGCACCCAGGGCUGGCCCCGGCCCCUGCCGCCCCCCCACGCAGCCGGCGGCGCCCACCCGGCCGCUCGCCCCGGCUGCCUCCUCCUCCUCCUCCUCCUGCUGCUGCCCCUCGGCCUGCGCUGAGCACCCCCAGGGGCCGGGGGCACCCAAAAAAAAAAAAGAAAAGGACUCGUGGCGGCUCCCGGCACCCAAGGGCGUGGGGCACAGCACCCCGAAGUGGCACCCACCACCCCAAAGUGGCGCCCAUGAAGGAUCACGGCACCCAAAAAUGGCUCUGGGAACCCUGAAUCGGCACCCAAAAAUGGAUCACGGCACCCAAAAAUGGCUCUGGGAACCCUGAAUCGGCACCCAAAAACGGCUCGUGGCACCCAAAAAUGGCUCUGGGACCCCUGAAUCGGCACCCAAGGUGGAUUAUGGCACCCAAAAAUGGCUCGUGGCACCCAAAAAUGGCUCUGGGAACCCUGAAUCGGCACCCAAGGUGGAUUAUGGCACCCAAAAAUGGCUCGUGGCACCCAUGAAGGAUCACGGCACCCAAAAAUGAGUCACAGCACCCCAAGUUGGCACCCACAGCAGCUCCUGGCACCCAAAGACGUUCACAGCACCCCAAGGUGGCACCCAGAAAUGAGCCGUGGCACCCCAAGGUGGCUCCCAGCACCCCAAGGUGGCACCCAGAAAUGAGCCGUGGCACCCCAAGGUGGCUCCCAGCACCCCAAGGUGUCUCCCAGCACCCCAAGGUGUCUCCCAGCACCCCAAGGUGCCUCCCAUGAAGGCCCGUGCCACCCCAAACUGCCACCCCCGAUGGAUCGCAGCACCCACGAUGGCUGACAGCACCCAAAACUCGAGGCGCCCCAACUUGGCACCCGCACCGGUUCGUAGCACCCGCCCCCCCCCCAUAACCCCUCUCCCCCUUUCCCCAAUAAACACCCGAGCACCC